AUGGACUUUGUGAAAGAAAAACAAAUAGGUAGCUUCUCUUUGAUUGAGCGUGUCAUCCUUAGUGCAGGGGCCAUGCUAAUCUUCUUUGUAUAUUUUCGUUUGACCAUAUGCCCCGAAGGAACCCCUGUUUGGGGCAGAAAUGUACCGCCUACUUAUUCUGGCAGUGAUGGCAGAAUAUGGUCAGACCGCUUACUCUGUUGGCAAUCAAAUGUCUUAAAGCACGUGAAGGAACAUUAG